AAAAAACCAAACAAAAGCAAGGAACGAUGGCUUCGUCUCUGUCAUCUCUUCUUCAACUGAGACCUAUUUCAGUCCCUCCGCUCCCCACUCUCCAAAACCCUCUUCAAAGGGACCAUAAUUCUCUUCCAAAACCCUAGUUCGAACGCUGACUCUUGUAGAACUCCAAAGAUGAUGGCGACCCAUGCAGGCAGCGUGCAGAGCGCGCUAUUGGAGGCAAUGAAGGUGAUCCGGUCCUCCCCUCCCACGUGGCAGUCCGCCCUCCUCAACAAUCUCUUCAUUUUUGUUUUGGGUUCACCAAUUCUGGUCUCCGGGCUAUCUCUUUCAGGCAUUGGUGCUGCUUUCCUUUUGGGCAAUCUCACUUGGCGUGCCUUUGGUCCCCCGGGUUUCCUUCUCGUUGCCACUUACUUCAUCAUUGGCACAGCGGCAACAAAAGUGAAAAUGGCACAAAAGGAGGCUCAGGGGGUUGCUGAGAAGAGAAAAGGAAGGAGAGGACCAGCUAGUGUUAUUGGUUCCAGUGCUGCUGGUUGCUUCUGUGCUUUUCUUUCAAUCUUUGGAGUUGGGGGAGAGGCAUUUUCUCAGGUUUGGAAACUCGGAUUUGUUGCCAGCUUUUGUACAAAGUUGAGUGAUACUGUCUCAAGUGAGAUAGGGAAGGCAUAUGGCAAAACAACGUAUUUAGUUACCACGCUUAAGGUAGUCCCAAGGGGAACAGAAGGGGCUGUGAGUGUCGAGGGAACCAUUGCUGGAUUUUUGGCAUCAUUUCUUCUUUCCUUUGGUAGUUGUGUCAUGGGUGAGCUAGGUGCAGCUGAAGCUAUAAUAUGCCUAAUAGCUUCCCAGAUUGCUAAUGUUGGGGAAAGCAUAAUAGGUGCUGCGCUUCAGGAGAAGGAAGGAUUUCAAUGGCUCAACAAUGAUGUUGUCAAUAUUAUCAAUAUAUCCAUGGGCAGCAUUAUAGCCGUCCUCAUGCAGCAGGUUGUUUUCCGAAACUGACAUGUAAAUUCACCUGACAUCAGUGAAUUGGUUAAGAUCAAGAAUUAAUGACCUCCAGAAACGUACAGACAGGAUGCCAUUAACUUUCCUCAUUCUUAUUGUUUCCAUUUCAUUUGAUUAAAAAAAAAAAAAAAACAACUUCAAGAAUAUGUAUACUUGAUUCCUACCGUGGAUGUGAUGUUAAUAUUGCUUCCAAUUUUUUGUAGACCUUGGUGCAACAUACAUUGGAUCUUUCACCCCACAAGCUGUAACAAAACAUUUUUUUUUUUUUUUAAUUUGGGAAAAUAUCAAUCCUCUUAUAGUUG